AUGUCGACCAACAAAGGUCAAGAGAUUUCUCGCACCACUAACCUUACCAACCCACAGCUCUCUGCUGCUGGAACAGGAGUUUACACAGACGCUCAAAAGGCACAACAAGAAGGACUCCGAUCUUCUUCGAGCACUGCUGUAGUCAACGGUAACGGCUACCACCACGCAUCUGACGAGCACCAGUACGGCGGUCUCGCAAUGGCACCCGUCACAACGGGUGAGGGUAACCAUCGCAAGAUGGUCACCCAGCCUUCCCUCUUCUCCCUCGGAUCUACCCCCGAUGGCAACCCUGAUCAGCCUGCUCUGCUCGAACGAAGAGAGAGCAUCAUCAUCGAAGAGCAGCUCCCAGGUUUCAUGAAAGUCGACGAAAAGGAGCACAAGCACCGUCACCACUACCGUGCUGCUCUCCGACGUCGACUCGAGAUCAAGAACAACAUCAUUGCUUUCGUUUCUGAAUUCGUCGGUACCGUUCUUUUCCUCUUCUUCGCCUUCGGUAUUGCAACUCAGGCUGCCAACGCUCGAUCUUCGACCCAGCACAAUGGAGAUGCUACUUCGCUCUCGCAAAACGCUCCUCCCGACACAAACGCUCUUCUUUUCUCUUCGCUCGGUUUCGGUUUCUCGCUUGCCCUGCUCCACCUCACGAUUGCUCAGUUCGCAGGUGGUAUCGCCGCUGCCGCUUUGACCACUGGUAUCCUCCCUGGUAACAUCAACGCACGUACCACCCUCGCCAACGGCACCAACAUUGCACAGGGUUUCUGGUUAGAGUUCUUCCUUACUUGCCAGCUCAUUCUUGCCAUCUUCUUGCUCGCUGCUGAGAAGCACCGUGGUACUUUCUUGGCCCCUGUCGGUAUUGGUCUCGCUCUCUUCCUUGCCGAGCUCUUGGGCACCAACUACACUGGCGGUUCGCUUAACCCCGCUCGUACCCUCGGCCCUAAUGUGGUCCUUGGUCUCUUUGAAUCUUACGACUGGAUUUACUUCAUCGCCCCCUACGCAGCUGCUGUUGUGACCGCCGGUUUCUACCAGGGCCUCAAGUACUUCCAGUACGAAUCCGCCAACAUUGGCCAAGAUGCCGACGACAGCAAGCAAGUCUUCAAGGAUGCUUACGGAAACCUUGUCGGUGUAUUGGAGACCAUGUCUGCGUCCGAGUUCAGCUUUGUUAAGGCUGCUGCUCAGCCAGCAGAGAACGAGAGCACCCACUCUGUUCAUACCGUGGUAAGCAGCUCGAGCAGAGACCAAGGUUUGACUGCGGCGGGAAUGGUCAAGAAGGCAAGACAUGAUCAGGAGAAGGCGGCAGCGGUCAGCCUUGCUCCUAGUGAGGUUAAUAACAAUGUUGCCUAA